AUGUCCUUCUACAAUCCACUCAGCAUCAUGGCUGCGGAUGCUGCGGAUGCUGCGGAUGCUCUCCUCCCGCACCGCAUCCCUAGACCAUGCCUUCUGCCCCUGGUUCUCCUGAUCCUCUCCGCAUUGCCCACACCGAGCCACGGGCUGCUGGGCUUCCGACCGGAGGACACGGGUGGAGAUCUAUCCGUGCAGGACGGGCUGCUGAAAGCGACCGAGGGGACGCGGUUCAUGUUGCGGGUGUACUAUGCAGCAUCCCCGCAGAGGCUCAACCGAACUGUCAGCAGCGGAACAGCAGCGCCGUGGAUCGCGUUCAUAGAGGAACCGGAGUCGGGCAGAGAGGGGCAGGUGCAUCCCAAACGGAACUUGUGCGUGGAAGAGAGCGCCAGGAGUUCGGAUAUCGAGCUGCUCGGGUCUUUCAAGUCCGCCUCAAGCCAAAACUCCAUCCUGGUGAAGCUACUCGCCAAAGACCUCCGCAGAGGAGAGAAUAUCAAAUAUUAUUCCAUGUGCGCCUUUGAUGGGUUCAAGUGGGAGCACUAUAGGACGCGAGACUUCUGGCUGGCGGUGGUGGAGCGGCGGCCGCAUACGGACGGAUGGUUGCAGGCGGGUCUGUCGGUGCUGCUGCUCGCGUUGUCAGCGCUGUUCAGCGGGCUGGUGAUCAGCAUGCUCGCGCUGGACCCGGUGGAACUCAGAGUGCUGCAGAACAGCGGCACCGAGAAGGAGCAAAAGUACGCGCACAAGAUCGAGUCCGUGCGCAAGCACGGCAACUAUGUCCUGUGCACCUUAGUUCUGUGCAACGUGCUCACCAACACUUUCCUGGUGGUGUGGAUGUGCCAAAUCCUCGGGCUGACGCCUGUCGCAACUGCGGCGUGCACUUUUCUCAUCUUCUUCAUCGGAGAGAUCCUCCCGCAUUCCGUUGCAUCCAGACACGGGCUGGCUAUUGCAUCCAAGACUGUAUGGCUGACCAAGAUGCUGAUGCUGAUCACUUUCCCCAUCACAUAUCCCAUCAGUAAAUUACUAGACAAUAUGCUGCACCAGGAAAUCAGUAACUUCUACACCCGUGAGAAGUUACUGGCAAUGCUGCGAGUUACUGACCCAUAUCAUGACCUGGUGAAAGAGGAGCUGAACAUCAUACAGGGAGCUCUGGAACUCAGGACCAAAACAGUGGAAGAUGUUCUGACCCCUCUCAAUGACUGCUUCAUGCUGGCCUCGGAUGCCAUACUGGACUUCUACACAAUGUCAGAUGUGAUGCAGAGUGGGUACACUCGCAUCCCUGUGUUUGAGAAUGAAAGGUCCAAUAUCAUUGAUAUUCUGUUUGUCAAAGAUCUGGCCUUCGUUGAUCCGGAUGAUUGCACCCCGUUAAAAACCAUCACUCAGUUCUACAAGCACCCACUGCACUGUGUCUUUAAUGACACCAAGCUGGACGCAAUGCUGGAGCAGUUCAAGAAAGGGAAAUCUCAUUUGGCCAUCGUACAAAGGGUGAAUAAUGAGGGAGAAGGAGAUCCUUUCUAUGAGGUCAUGGGAAUUGUCACACUGGAGGAUGUCAUCGAGGAGAUCAUCAAGUCUGAGAUUGUGGAUGAAACUGACCUUUACACUGAUAACCGUACGAAGAGGAGAGUGUCUCACCAUGAGAGGAAGCUGCAAGAUUUCUCCAUAUUUAAACUGUCCGACAGUGAAAUGAAGGUCAAAGUUUCACCACAGCUCCUACUCGCAACACAUCGCUUUCUGGCUACAGAAGUAGAGCCUUUUAAAUCAACGCAUCUCUCAGAGAAGAUCCUAUUGAGACUAAUCAAGCACCCGAGUGUGUUGCAGGAACUGAAGUUUGAUGAGAAAAACAAACAUUCACCAAAGCACUACCUCUUCCAGCGCAACAAGCCGGUGGAUUAUUUCAUCCUCAUAUUGCAGGGUCGAGUGGAGGUAGAGAUUAGUAAAGAGGGACUAAAGUUUGAAAAUGGGCCCUUCACGUACUAUGGCUUACCUGCUAUCAUGACCAUCUUACCAACAGUCCACAGAUCACCAUCAAGGAGCAGUGGUUUGAAUCAUUCGGAUACUACGAUCCAUGGCGGCAGCCUGGGUCAACUGAGUAUUAGUGGUGGACCAUAUUUUCCAGACUACUCAGUACGUCAGCUCACCGAUCUACAGAUCAUUAAGAUCACUCGUAACCAUUAUCAGAAUGCCCUGACGGCAACACGCAUGGAUAGCUCUCCUCAAUCGCCUGACGCAGACACCCAUGUGCCCGGGGAGAAAAUGACCAUCCCAGAGACACGUUCUAACAGCAUCGCCCUUCCCCUGACAGAACCACGGCCCUGUCUGACCCGUUUCCACCAGCACAGUCACCUCUACAGACAGCCAGACAGCACCACAACACUUAAUAAGAGAAACCGCAUUGUUCGAAGUAAGUCAGAUGGACAGAAAAGCCCCAGUGAUUCUGUGUUCCUGCGAAUGGAUGACAUCCCAUACAUAAGAGAAAAUCGUUUGGAGAGAAAAGAAGGAACAGAUGCUUUGGCCAUACCCAUGGAACCAGACCUGUCUACAUCGCAGCUCAUCAGCUCUCACUCUUUGGCCUGCUCAGAUGAGAACCUGGGGAAAAAACUGCUGCGGAAACUGAGCAACAAAAAAAGAAUGAGGUCUCGUGAAGGAGACAAACCUCAGGAAGACAAUUUUGAACAUUCACAGGUCAAGACCUAGCAUUUAGUGUGUCUCUCUUACUCUCUCCUGCUUCCCCCACAAAUGUGAAAUAUUCUCCAGCCUUCCUCUGGAUCUUGAGUGAGAAAAAGCACAACCCAAUCUGCACAUUUCAACAGAUGUAGCAUCAUGAAACCUUGCCUUCAGCAUUGCAGUGGACUCCAACACCAGGUAGAUGCUCAAUACCAGAGGAAUACACUGUUGCAACAAGCCUGAAAUUUCCACCAUCAGGCCUCAAACAUGCAGCAAUACACAUCUGAUUAUUAUUAUUUUUUUUUAAUUGACAAGAUGAGCAGUUGACAUACUACAGUUUUGAUGGCAGUUUAUAAUGAUGCCAUCUCCAGUUACUGUGGUAAUGACGCUCUGACCUCUGACCCAGGCAAAUCCAGCAAGCACAAGCCUGGAGACCCAAAAACAAUCAUCUGACCACUGAGAGAACAGAGCAUCCAGUACAUCACAUGAUAUGGUCAUCUUUUGUUAAUUAUAUGGAAUUAAUUGACAAAGUGUUAAUUGUGUGGUUUUUAUAUUAUAUUAGAUGAGAGAUAUACGUCAGGCUGUGCCUGGAAAUCAGUCAAGAGAAAUUAUUGUCAUCAAAGCACUUUGAGAAAGAUUAGACCCUUUUAUUUGAUAUUCUGUUGAAUAGAUUAGCUUUAGAGGUAAUGACAGAGAAAAAAUACCUAUAUUAGGUAUGUGCUGUCAGAAUUAUUUUUCUAUUUUCUGAGUUCAUAUUUUAUGUUGAUUCUACUUUAAAGCAUUACCUUAUUUCUUAUUUUUGCUUUUUUUUUUUUUUUUUCUGUUCUGCUGAGAGAACAGGGUACAAAUUUUAAAAAAUUGUGUACAAAUUGUUUAGCUGUUUUAGUCCGGAUUUGAAUAGCUUAUAAACUACUGGUUGAGAUGCCAAUGCUUAAACUCCAAGCACAUCUAUUUGACAAUAUAUUUGUCUAAAAUCAAUGACAUUUAUUACACUGGCAUGCUUUUCUCAAAGAGCAGUAUUAUUAUUAGAGCAGCAUUGUGUUUACUGUAUGAAAUAUAGAUAGGAUAUGCGCAAGCCAUAACUUGAACAAACUUGAAAGCAUUGAUACUAAAAUGUCACCUCAGACAUAAAAACAAUCAUAAGCAAUAUCCAAAACAUGCAAGAAGACUAGUAUUUUGUUUUUGAGACCUUUUAAUUAGAUAUUAAAUCAUAAUUAGUAACUUGAGGAUGUGCACAGAAUAGUUGUGAAAUUAGUAAUUUGCCCCCCUCUGCAACACACUAAAAUGUCUACCACUUUUCCAUGGGCAUACUGAUAUGCAAGUUUUACCUUAGGUUCCAAGUAAGAGUGGCACUUAUACUUACAAUGACAUCCGCAGAAUAUCUGAGCUGCCAUAACUGGUUCACUGCCAUCACUUUUCCCAGCAUGCCGUGAUCAUGAUAAAAUAAUCAAUCAGAUCAUCCCUGCCAUCAAGCCACAUGAUUACAUUCUGUCAGGCACGGGGAUUAUAAAUAUGGGCUUGGAUGUGUUUUGCAUGAAAGGCUUUUUAUACUGAGUAUGUCAAGUUAAUACCUCUCUCUUGUAUGCAUGCAGCAGACACUGAUGAUAUAGUGUAUAUCUAUUUAAAUAUAUAGACUAAUGGGCUUUGGGUUUCAACCUGCUACAAUGAAGACUGACUGUAUUCGGAAUAGCAUACUAUCAUACUACACUUAUUAUUUCUGUAGUAUGUACAGAAUCUUUACCUUAAUGUUCUUUUUGUUAAAGGAAUAGUUCACCCAAAAAUUUGAA